AUGUUUCUCUAUAAACUAUUUUUUGCUCUGCUUAUUCCUGUUGGGGUUUUCAGUAAUCCUAUUACCAGCGUUGAGCAAAGGUCACCUGGAAAUGUGGUUCAGGCUGGCUCACCAGUCGUUAUUGAUGCGAAUGGCAUUUACAUCCGGGCAAGCCUUAAAAAUGGAGGUUUAAUAGCUGGUUAUACUGCGCAUGAAAACGGCCAGAGUAUUCUUCGUCUUGCUCAAUCUGACAAUGGUGGUUCUUCGUGGUACUUUGUUGGUGAAGUCUGGCGUGUUGAUACAUCUACGCAUGAUGUUGAUAACGCUAUGCCUUUGCAGCUUCCCAGUGGGCGUAUUGUAUACGCCUUCCGCAACCAUGACCGUACAGGAAACACUUUUACAUACUACCGACUAACUCUAUGUUAUUCUGAUGACGGCGGUAAGACCUUUCUUUAUGGAUCAACCAUAGAGCAGCAAGCAGCUACUCCAAAUAACCCUAAUGGACUCUGGGAACCUUUUCUACGUAUCGCCGCGGACGGGUCACUGCAAUGUUACUAUUCCGCCGAGAAUAGUGCAGUAGAUCAGGAUGGUUAUAUGAAACGUUCGACUGAUGGCGGACUGACUUGGUCGGGCUGGACUAAGAUCUCUGGAGGUGACCGCACGUCACGCGAUGGAAUGAUCGGGGUUGCAAACAUUGAUAACUCUGGUAACUUAAUUGCUGUUUUUGAGAAUACGGAAUCCGGUCCCUUUACCGUUGACUAUGUUCUAUCUCAUGACGAUGGUAACUCUUGGGGACAGCGAGGGCGCUUAUACACAGCAAGAAACGGGGCCGGUGCCGGAGCUCCCCAAGUUAUUAAUGUCGGUGGCACUCUUAUCACAAGCUUUAUGACAGAUGAGGAUGUGGCCGGAAUCCCUGGCAGCGGUUAUGACGGAGCCCAGAUGAAAGUUGUUACUAGUAUAGACGGAGGUCAAACAUGGGGCCCAGCUACUGUCACGGGUGAUGCCCGUUCGCACUGGCCUGGGCUUUAUACCCUUAACCAAACCCAUUUCCUUGCCCUCUAUUCUAAAGAUGGCUUGGGUGCAGUUAGUCAACAUUACCAACUUGUUAAUUAG